UCAAGACCCUGACUUUCUCUUGCCACCACCAGAUCAAUCAGAAAUUAUCUUAGUGCACUCGGUGUUAAAAAAAUUACACACACUGAAAACGGUGCGGGUUCGUGGAAAGGCCGUGCUUGUGUAUGGGCAGACAUCUUACUGGUUCACAGCUUGCCAGAAUUGCAAAAAAGGUCUUCGUACCCAAGUUGGUUGGAUAGUCAAAUGCAUUCACUGCAAAGUUGAAGGGCCAAUGGAACCUAGAUAUUAGAAUAAUAUAAUCAAACGAGCGUUGUUAACAGAUUGUUUAUAAAUAUUAUUUACAAUGCAAUUGAAACGCUCAUCACAGGUGUAGAUUUACACUGGGCAUUGAAGAUAACAGUGGCCUUAUACAAGCUGUUAUUAGUGGUCCGGAAGCCGAACAAUUGCUACCAAUGACAGCAACACAAAUGAGCUUGAACAAAAACCAGAUACAAAUUGCAUGGAGGUUGAAGCAAACUUUGAAAAAAAACAGAUCACAUGUUUUCUAAGGCACUACAUUUCAGACUAUCAGGAUAGGGACGAGUCGAAUUAUGCUGUUGUGGUUGUGUAUGUUAAUGAGGAUCACAUUGAACCUAUAAUGGCUUUGGAGGAAACAAACACAUCUGUUCACCCACAUGUGCUUGGAAAACAGGUGGCUGUGGAGGAGCAACUAACCCCAACUACCCAAAAAGUUCUAGCUUCAAUACUUGAUACACCAUCACCAACAGCACCUGACAAACAAAAGAAAACAACAGCAAAAAGAUCUCUAGACUUUCAACUCCAAUCAAGCAGUGCGGCCAAUGCAGGUGAACUUCCAGUUGAUGAUCCUGUACAAGGAUCGGCAAUUGGAACUUCGGAAAAAAUAGCCAUAAAGCACACCUCCAAAAUAACCCUUCUUUUGCCCUACAAGCCACAUUUUAGACUAAUCUUCACUGCUAAAGAUCUCGUGCAUUAUCCGUUUUGUUGA